AUGACAGCCCCCACAGCUGCAGCAGAAGCUCAGGCUUCAGGUGGUCCCCAGUCCCCAGUCUCUCUGUUGGUGCUGGGAAUGGCGGGGUCUGGAAAAACCACCUUUAUACAGAGGCUCACAGGACACCUGCAUAGCCAAGGCUCUCCACCCUAUGUGAUCAACCUGGACCCAGCUGUGCAUGAAGUUCCCUUUCCUGCCAAUAUUGAUAUUCGUGACACCAUGAAGCAUAAAGAAGUCAUGAAACAGUAUGGACUUGGACCCAAUGGUGGCAUAGUGACCUCACUCAAUCUCUUUGCUACCAGGUUUGAUCAGGUGAUGAAAUUUAUCGAGAAGGCCCAGAACAUGUCGAAAUAUGUCUUGAUCAACACACCUGGACAGAUAGAGGUGCUCACCUGGUCAGCUUCUGGGACAAUCAUCACUGAGGCGCUGGCAUCCUCAUUUCCAAAAGUUGUCAUCUAUGUAAUGGACACAUCACGAAGUACCAACCCAGUGACCUUCAUGUCCAAUAUGCUGUAUGUGUGAAGCAUCUUGUUUAAAACCAAGCUGCCUUUCAUCAUGGUCAUGAAUAAAACUGACAUCAUUGACCACAGCUUUGCAGUGGAAUGGAUGCAGGAUUUUGAGACUUUUCAAGAUGCCUUGAAUCAGGAGACUGCGUACAUCAGUAACCUGACUCGUUCUAUGAGCCUGGUGUUGGAUGAGUUUUACAGCUCACUUAGGGUGGUAGGUGUCUCUGCUAUUCUGGGAACAGGCUUAGAUGAACUCUUUGUGCAAGUCACCAGUGCUGCAGAAGAAUACGACAGGGAGUAUCAUCCUGAAUACGAACGUCUGAAGAAAUCACUGGCCAGUGCACACAGUCAGCAGCAGAAAGAACAACUGGAACGCCUUCAGAAAGGUAUGGGCUCUGCGGCCUUGGACAUGGGAACUACCACAGACAGCUCUUCUCCCGUGAUGGACCCUUCUGACCUGAUCCUGACUCAAGGAACCUUGGAGGAAGAGGAUGAGGAAGCAGAAAGUGAUACUGAUGAUAUUGACCACAGAGAAUUCCGUGAAGAACCAGUGUUCCAGAAUUUUAUGCAAGAAUCAAUGGCACAGUAUUGGAAGAGAAGCAAUAAACAGGAGAAAGACUUUAGGAAACCUCAGUUGUUUCUGGAAGUCCAAAGUUUUGGAACUCUCUGUGAAGAAGCUAUCCUUACCUCUGAUUGGGGCCUACCGUAA